AAUCGGGCCAGGGCUCAUAGGCUCAUCAUCAUAUAAAUUUGCAGCACCGUUUGACGAAGACAGUUGUCAACAGAAGUAACCUCCAUUAGGACUCGAAAGAUGGCGAAAGUUUCCGCUGUACUGAUUGGAAUCGCACUAGGCCUACUUGGCCUGGUCUCAGUUUCAUCGGGACAGGCCGGUAUCACGAGAGUCGGCACCAACAGUGUCCAAUUUGCGUGUCCUGAUGGCCGCUUCCAGUUCAUCAUCGUCACCAUCAGCACCAAAUUCAGUGCCGUCGACGGACAACACACAAACUCGGCUCAGUUCAGCGUUGAGGUCAACGGUCAGCGAAUUGAAACUAUCACCAACUCUCUAAACGUCUUCAAGGGCGGAAGCAAAGGACACUACUGGGGUUAUGAGACCUAUGCAGUAUCGCAGAAGAUGAUCACUUAUGGGGUGUUGCCGGGUAACAGUGUAAGAGUCAAUUUCCUUGGCGGGCAACAGCAUAUUAGCAGUGACAUUCGUGUCGACCUAUCUAACUAGAUCACCGUGCACGACCCAAAUUUACCCCUGACACGAGUGCUUUUAUACACACUUUCGGCAUCAGCCUACUUUGUUCCCAUGACCAUAGACAAGAUAUUAUAACAAUAACUUUUCUAAUGCCCCAAUUUUCCAUCAUGUUUUUAUAUAACUUUUUAAAGAAAAAUUUUUUUUAAAAAAAGAAAAAAAAACCUUUCUGCAA